GAAAGGAUGGCGCGCCCCCGCCGAUUGCCGGUUUCGUGGGGCGCGAGCCCGGUCUUCAGGCGGUCGGUGUCCGCGUUCCGCCGAUCCACAGCCGCAGCAAAGACCCGGCACUGCAAGGGAGAGGGAACGUUGUCUCCUCCAGGACUCGUAGAGCCACUGUACUAAGAAAGCCCGAGUCGCUGGCACGUCAAGCAGGCAGGCGGAUCCGCGGACAGCCUGCGUGCUCGAGGACCCCGGUGGCGGGAAGGAGGAAGUUUCAAAGCCGAGUGUUUUGCUGCCGCUCGGCAAGAUGAAGCUACACUGCGAGGUGGAAGUGGUCAGCCGGCACUUGCCAGCCUUGGGGUUGAGGAACCGGGGCAAGGGCACCCGAGCCGUGUUGAGCCUCUGUCAGCAGACGCCCAGGAGUCACCCACUCCCCGCCUGCCUGCUCAUCUCUACCCUGAAGGACAAGCGCGGGACCCGCUAUGAGCACCUAUUAGGUCAGGGGAUAGAGAAGUAAACAAAGGAGGCGAGAUUCCUGCUUUCAUGGGAUUUAUAUAUAAUCUAGUGGGAGGAGUGCCUACUCUAGACUAAUGGACUGAGGUUAUGAAGCUAAAGGAAAACAUUGAGCAACUCUUCACCAAAUUUGUGGAUGAGGGGAAAGCCACUGUUCGUUUAAAGGAGCCUCCUGUGGAUAUCUGUCUAAGUAAGGCCAAUUCCAGCAGUUUAAAGGGUUUCCUUUCAGCUGUGAGACUGGUUCAUAGAGGCUGUGAUGUUGACGCACCACUUUCAACACUCACACCAGUGAAGACUUCAGAAUUUGAAAAGUUUAAAACUAAAAUGGUUAUCACAUCCAAAAAGGACUAUCCACUAAGCAAGAAUUUUCCUUAUUCCCUGGAACAUCUUCAGACUUCUUAUUGUGGGCUUGUCCGAGUUGAUAUGCGCAUGCUUUGCUUAAAAAACCUUAGGAAAUUAGACUUGAGUCACAACCAUAUAAAAAAGCUUCCAGCUACAAUUGGAGACCUCAUAUACCUUCAAGAACUUAACCUGAAUGACAAUCACUUGGAGUCAUUUAGUGUAACCUUGUGUCACUCUACACUCCAAAAGUCACUUCGGCGUUUGGAUCUCAGCAAGAACAAAAUCAAGGCACUCCCUGUGCAGUUCUGUCAGCUCCGAGAACUUACAGAUAUAAAACUUGACGAUAAUGAAUUGAUUCGACUUCCUUUCAAGAUAGGACAACUAACAAACCUUCGUUUUUUAUCAGCAGCCCGAAAUAAGCUUCCAUUUUUGCCUAGUGAAUUUAAAAAUUUAUCCCUUGAAUACCUGGAUCUUUUUGGAAAUCGUUUUGAACAACCAGAAGCCCUUCCAGUUAUAAUGCUGCAAAUGCCAUUAACUUUAUUGGAAUAUUCUGCACAAACUGUAUUAAAUAAUAGGAUUCCAUAUGGCUCUCAUAUCAUUCCAUUCCAUCUUUGUGAAGAUUUGGAUACUGCAAAAACCUGUGUUUGUGGAAGAUUCUGUCUAAGCUCUUUUAUUCAAGGAACUACUACUAUGAAUCUACACUCUGUUGCUCAUACUGUGGUCUUAGUAGAUAAUAUGGGUAGUACUGAAGUACCUGUUAUCUCUUACUUCUGUUCUCUAGGCUGUUAUGUAAAUUCCUCUGAUAUGUUAAAGUAAUAGACAAUACCACAAAAAGAAAUUUCAUUUCAUUACAUAACUUUUUGGGAUUCAUUUAUGAUUUAACAGUGUCACAUCAAGAAAGGGAAGCUUUUUGUAUACUUACUUGAGAGGAGGAAUGUGUGUUAGUUUAACAAUUUAAGUCAUUUGAUUCCAAAACUUUAAUUUCAUUAAAACCAACUUUAAUUUUA